AUGAUGAUCAGUGGACUGGCUGGAAAGACAUAUCCGUUUCUGUGUGUGACUGUUGGAGUUCCCACUACCAACAUUUCUCAUAUCCCUUGGUUGGGUCGAGGCGGAAGUCGAAUUUGUGUCCAUGUGGACCGUAGACAGGCACACAACCUGUUGCGCUACGGUAUUGGUAAAGGCUACGGCACCCUUUAUAAAACAGAAAAAAAAAUUUUUUUUUAAAUAUGAAAACUAAUUUAUGUUUAGAAACUAUGAUGGUACGACAAAAUCUCGUCCGCAAAUCUUGAGGACCGUAAUCUUGUGUACGCAGAUCUAAUGUCCCAUAAUCUUGGGAACCAAAAUCUUGGAGAUUUAAAUCUUGGAAACCACAAUAUUGGAAAGCGAAAAUCAACGCUUUUGCGAAUAGAUUUUAUCAGAAAUUGUAUUCGGUGAUCGAAACAAGAGAAUACAAGUAGAUAAGGUACAACAAAUACGACUAAAAAGGGAGAUUUUUGCUUUCCAUGAUUGUGGUUUCCAAGAUUUUGGUCUCCAAGAUUUUGGUUUCCAAGAUUAUGGGACUUUAGAUCUGCGUACACAAAGAUUACGGUCCUCAAGAUUUGCGGAUUUGAAAUCUUGUCGUACCAUCGAAACUAUCUUUGCUCAGGGGGAAAAUGGCAUGCCAGCGCACAUCUAAAACAAAGAAAACGGCAGAUCUGCUCGCAUGCACCAGUUUACAGAGAACGGUAAACUUGCCAAAUUCAUGCCAAAUCCAACAAAACAUGCCAAAUUCAACAAAAAAAAGCAGACCAGCGCGCAUGUAACCGCAGGCCAGCGCACGAGUCUGGUCUCUCCAAUUUUACCGUUCUCUCUAAACUGGUGCAUGCGAGCAGGUCUGCCGUUUCCUUUUUUAGAUGCGCGCGGGCAUGCCGUUCUCCCCCUGAGUGCGCGUGGCAUCUAGUGCGGCGCCUGCAUUGCGUAUAAAACAGUAAACCACACGAGUGCAGGCGAAAAACAAAAAUUUUGCAACGGGAUUUCUUGUCACGACCUCGCAUUUAAAUUUCUCUCGUACUAGACUCGACAUUUUCAUAUUUUUAGUGUAUUUUUACGAUCUCACGGAUAUAUACGAUCAUAUGAUGUGAAAUUCUUACUUAUAGUCAAUUUCUAUGGUUUAUCAUAGUCACGAUGAUUUUGCACAUGUUUUUAAAGUUUUAUAUGAUAAAGGUUUCUUGUGGUGUGAAUCAACUUUCACGAAAUUCGUAGGCGGCGCAACUGAAAUCAUUGUCAGGUCCUUUCAAUGCCGUACUUUUCUAACCUCGUCAUUCGUGAGGAAACCGCGUAAUGUUGGAAGGAAAAGUGCAUCGCUCAAGUUUUUCUCAAACCGAUCCUUUGCCCUGCAGGUUUUUAGAUUCAAAACAAGAAUUAAUUCAAAGAAAGUUUUUCAGUCCAAUCAACUUUCCCAGCAUCUGAUGCAAACUAGAACGCUGUUACUAUUUCCCAUCAAGUUAAGACGUGAGUUUUUUUUUUCAACGUUCCGUUUACAUUUUUGCAAUUCAGUUCUGUUGAAAAUCUUUUGAAUAAAGCUAAGAAGAUUUUUAUUGUGUAAUUAGUACACUCCUUUCAAAAAUUCGAACAGAUUGGUGAGAUUCUCGUUGUCAUUGACUAAUUUGAACUCAUUCGUUUGAACUUAUUAAGUUUUAAAUUAUAUAAUUUACCUCUGGGCGGCAAGAAGAUCUUUGUCGUUGAGUGCAAGUUCCCGUUCCAACAGCAGCUCACGGAGCCCGGCAUCACGAGCUCGUAGCUCAGAAAUGCUCUUUUCGAUAG